CCGCAGCCAGAGUAGCCAGUCGCGAGCAGUCAGCCGCCGGGGAAGCCUCAAGCCCAGCGCUCCACCGGCGACGUCCCAGAGGAGGAGGCGCUCAGUCGCUGCUCCUGCCGAGAUGGCGUCGCCGCCCUCCCCCCCGACCUCCGCUCUGUACGAGCUGACCACAAAGGAGAGCAAGAAGGUGCUCCGGCAGGUGCUGGAGUGGGGCACGCCCAGGAAGCAGGAAGACAAAACCUUUGUCGAGUACCUUUUACAGGUUAAGAAUAUUUCAAUGUCAACAUUUCGCAAAAAAUUUAACCAGAAUCAGAGGAAGAAAAUGGAGAAGGGUAAUGACAGCACGGCGUUCGAUGUCUCGCUGUUAUGCGUGUGCAUAAAAUACGGCUGCGAUGGACUGGCUUCGCCGGAAGAUGAUCGAUGGACGAAUUCGGGAGACACUCUCGAGUGGUAUGUGACCUCCAUCAAGAAUCGGAGGAAUGCCUUUCUUCACGAGGACUAUGAUAUUAAUAUGAAUGAAUUUUAUCGUGUGACAGAGGAGCUGAGGGACCUGUUCUGCAACGCCCUAAAAAGAGCAGCAGAAAUCUACAAUGUAGCUGAUGGAAUCGUCAAAGACAUCUUGGGCCAACUCAACGAAGAGAUCAACAACAUUAGAGACAACCCCUCGCAAAUGCCAGAUGGUGGCAGUUUAAUCUACGACAGACUACGCCAGAUGGUGGCGAUCGAAGGGAAGCGAGAACUGAAGAAGGCUUACAGAAAGGUGUCCGGUUUUGGACCUGUGUCCAAUUUGCUCAGGGGCAUGGAGGUGCGUGUGGAUGAGAUCUUCACCGCAAUGUUAGUUAGGCAGGAGAGUACUCACGGCUCAACAGCACAAACUGAGGACAUCCAGUUUGAAGACCUUCUUGAGGCAGCGGAGAGAAAACGGAAAGACAGCCGUAAAGAUCGCGUGGUUUUGCUCGUCGAGGGACCUGCGGGUGCCGGUAAGACAACCCUCACAAGAAAGGUGAUAAGUGACUGGGUCAAAGGCACUAGUUCCAUGAGGACUCUCACUGACUAUGACUUUGUAUAUCUAAGCAGGUGCCGAGACGGAGGCAUAUAUUCCCUUAGCCAACUUCUUGCUUCCCUUAUGCCAACAGUAAGAGGGAAAAUCCAACAUGAACAUUCUCUACUCGAGUACACUUGGGGAAACGGAUCAUUGUUCAUCGUUGAUGGCAUAGAUGAGCUAAACCCAGCAUCAGACAGACUGCUGCGAGAAAUCAUGAAGAUGGGCACAGAGAACGAAAUCACCGUUCUCUGCACAACACGACCCAACAGAGUCGCUGACUUCAAAAAAUAUGUGCCUGAUAACUUUCAUCUUGUGCAUGUGAAGAUUCUUGGAAUAGAAGAGAAGAAGCGAGCAGACUUUGUAACCAGAUACAGCGAAGCUCUCCCAAUUCAAAACAAAGACAUCUCUGGUCUCCUUCGAUAUCUGGCGAGGAAUGACAGCCGUAUGCAGUCCCACUGGCGGUUCCCCUUCAACUUGGUCCUCGUGACAAUAUUAUGGUUAUCUGAUCCAAAUGCUGUAAACCAUCUGACUACAGCAACAGAGCUCUUCAAAAAGACACAUGACUUCUGCGUGCAAAAGCUGCUUGAGAGACUGUUUGACCAUGAAGACACGCGAAUUUUGGAAAAUACUGAACUGGAACAGAAAAUUAAAAAGUUUUUGAAGAAGUUUUGCAAAGAGGCCUUCAUCAGCCACUGUGGGGAUAACAUGGUUUUGUCCAAUUCUUCAGUCCAGAGGCUAAAGGAGGCAAGUCGCUUUCUAAGCCUUCCAUCUAAAGAGGUUCUCGGAGCUUUUCUGAUCCAGACAACACCUCUUGCAGAUGUCGAAGAAGAGUACAGUUUUCCACAUAAAAGUUUACAAGAUUUCUACUCCGCUCUACAUGUGAUAGAGAUUCUUGCGGUGCAUGAAACAGGGCUAAACAUCCCCAGUUUAAUAUCUGGAAUUGAGACUCUUCUC